AUGCUCCUGGCCCUCCUCCCUCUUUUGGGUGCAAAUGGUCAAACAUUUCACACAGGAAAAUGUCCUAAACCGCCAGUUCAGCGUAACUUUGACUUAAGCAAGUAUCUUGGCAGGUGGUAUGAGAUUGAAAAGCUCCCUGCAAUUUUUGAAAAAGGAAAGUGCAACCAGGCCCCUUACACACUGGAGAGCAAUAAACAAGUUCAGGUUUUGAACCAAGAAAUUCUGCCUGAUGGCAAGCCCAGUGAAAUUGUGGGAAUGGCUGAGCUGAAGAAUGCAGCUAACACAGCCAUACUGGAAAUGACAAGGGAGCGGCUCAGCCCAUACUGGGUGUUGUCCACUGACUGUGACAGCUACUCGCUGGUCUAUUCCUGCGCCGAUGUCUUGGGCGUCUUCCACGUUGACUUUGCUUGGAUUCUCAGCAGGUCUCGCACUCUCCCAGCAGAGACCAUACACCGUCUGAAGCUCCUUCUGUCUUCCAAUGGCAUAGACACAGCUAGGACGACCAUGACUGAUCAGACCGACUGUCCCACGGAUAUGUAA